GUGGUGGCGUCGCGCGCUGUUUAUGGCGCGGCGGCGGCUGUGUUGGCGGCGACGACGCGACACCCGCGAGGACUGGUUCCUGGACAAGUUCGCCGCUACCACCUUCACCGACCCCGAGGAGCCCGCCUACCAGCCUACUGCCAGCCGCCUGCUCUGCGGCCUGCGCCUCGCCUUCGACCCCACGCUACCGACGCACUACUACUGGCUCGCCUGCGUUUCUCUUGCGAUACUGUACAACGUGCUCAUGGUUAUCGGACGCGCCGUGUUCUGGGAGCUCGACAAGCUGACGGCCAGCUGGUUCGCCAUCGACUACAUCUGUGACGCCAUCUACCUCCUGGACACUGUCAUACAUAUCCACGAAGGCUAUCUGGAGCAGGGCCUCAUGGUCAAGGACUCGCACAUGCUGCGCGCGCACUACUUUCGCUCGGACCACUGGCACUACGACCUGCUGUCUCUGCUGCCCACAGACCUCGCCUACUACUGGUGGACCCCCGGUUCUUGCAGCUAUCAACGUCUGCCGUGUCCGGUGAUCGUCCGGCUGAAUCGUCUGUUCCGGCUGCCGCGCAUGUGGGAGUGGUUCGACCGCACCGAGACCGCCACUAGCUACCCCAACGCCUUUCGCAUAUGCAAGGUGGUGAUGGCGAUCCUGGUGCUGAUCCACUGGAACGCGUGCCUGUACUUCGCCAUCAGCUACGCCAUCGGCUUCGGCUCCGACAACUGGGUGUACAACAUCACGGGUGCGCGCAACGAGUCCCUCGCGCACCAGUAUAUCUACAGCUUCUACUGGUCCACGCUCACUCUCACCACCAUCGGCGAGACCCCGCAGCCCGAGAUCGACGCAGAGUACCUGUUCGUGGUCGCCGACUUUCUGGCCGGGGUGCUCAUCUUCGCCACCAUCGUCGGCAACAUCGGCUCCAUGAUAUCCAACAUGAACGUCGCACGCGUCGACUUCCAGAACAAAAUGGACGGCGUCAAGCAGUACAUGGCCUUCCGCAAGGUCAGCGGCGAGCUGGAAGCACGCGUGAUCCGCUGGUUCGCCUACACCUGGGCCGAAAGCGGCGCUCUGGAUGAGGAGCACGUCCUGUCCUCCCUCCCCGACAAGCUCAAGGCCGAGAUCGCGAUCCGUGUCCACCUCGACACGCUCCGCAAGGUCCGGAUAUUCCAGGACUGCGAGCCCGGCCUGCUGGAGGCGCUUGUCCUGAAGCUGCGUCUGCAGGUGUUCAGCCCCGGCGACUACAUCUGCCGGAAGGGCGACGUCGGCAAGGAGAUGUACAUCGUGAAGCGGGGUCGGCUCCAGGUGGUCGCGGACGACGGCACGACCGUGCUGGCUACGCUCAGUGCCGGCUCCGUGUUCGGCGAGGUCAGCGUGCUGGAGAUCGCCGGCAACCGCACCGGCAACCGGCGUACCGCCAACGUGCGCGCGCUCGGCUACUCCGACCUCUUCUGCCUGGCCAAGCGCGAUCUGUGGGAGGCGCUGGCCGACUACCCCGACGCCCGCGCUACCCUCACCGAGCGCGGCUGCCAGCUGCUGCGCAAGGACGGUCUGCUGGACGAGGAGGUGUUCUCCAAUGCGCAGAACACGCAGCAGAGCCUGGAGGACACGGUGCGGCAGCUGGAGGGCACCGUCGAUAUGCUGCAAAACCGCCUGCAGGCGGUGCUCAGUGACCUGGGCCAGGACCAGGCGCAGAUGCGCCAGCGCCUCGCGCGCCUCGAGACCAGGGUGGAGGCGGGCGCGUCCGAAUUGUCGGAGCAGUCUGAUGGUUUGUCGGACUCGGACGAUUCUGACGACGAUUCGUCGGACGCAUCGGUGCGCAACUACGAUGACGUGAUCUACGGAGUGGUGCGGUCGUCGCCCGUGCGGCGGCGCACACGCUCGCAGAGCGUGGAGCGGCCGCCGAGCGCGCGCGCCACGUCCGAGCCGCGUUCCGCGUCGCUGCGCGAGCGCCGCCCCGACCGCCCGGACCGCCCGGACAACUGA